GAUGGGAAUUUCGAUUGAAAACGGGCAGCUAUGCCGCGCAGAGGAGAAGAACCCAGGCUGGACGCGACCGUGGCACCGGAGCACUGACCCGGGGGACUGCGCGGACCCAGAGGCGGCUCACCGGCGUUUCCAGCUCGGAUUUUCCCCGGGGAUCGGCUCCAUCUGCUCCGCGAGGCGACGUGCGCUUUGGCCCGCUCCCAUCCCAGCGAGAGGAGAGAUGUUUCCGCUCCAGGGCUGAGGUUUUACCCCGCUGUGCGCCUUUGUAUCGCGUAAAUAAACCUGGGAAGACGCAGAACAGGAGCGGGUUCGAGAUGGUUUUCGUGGCGCGCGGCAGGACGUGGCUCAGGAGCGGCUCAAUGGGGACGCUGUGUUUGCAGUUGUUGCUGUGGAUUUUAUGCGCCGUGAACGGAGAGGAGCGACCCUUCAGUGUGGAGGCGUGGCUACAGAGGUACGGGUACCUCCCUCCCGCCGACCCCUGGAUGUCGGUGCUGCGCUCGGCCAGAGUCAUGCACUCCGCUAUCGCUGCCAUGCAGCGGCGCUACGGCCUCAACGUCACCGGCAGCUUGGACGGCAACACGCUGGAGUGGAUGAGGAAGCCCAGGUGCGGCGUCCCGGACCAGAUAGGAGGAUCAUCGCGGUUUAACGUCAGGAAAAAGCGGUACGCCCUCACGGGACAGAAGUGGCAGCACAAACACAUCACGUACAGCAUAAAGAACGUGACUCCCAAAGUGGGCUCGGAGGAGACGCACGACGCUAUCCGACGAGCGUUUGACGUGUGGCAGAACGUGACGCCGCUUCGCUUCGAGGCCGUGCCCUACAGCGAACUGGAGCGCAGCAAGAAGGACGUGGACAUCACCAUCAUCUUCGCCUCAGGUUUCCACGGUGACAGUUCGCCUUUCGACGGCGAGGGCGGCUUCCUGGCGCACGCCUAUUUCCCCGGGCCAGGAAUCGGAGGCGACACCCACUUUGAUUCGGACGAGCCAUGGACCCUGGGAAACCCCAAUCAUGACGGUAACGAUCUGUUCCUGGUGGCGGUUCACGAGCUCGGACACGCGCUCGGACUGGAACACUCCAACGACCCCACGGCGAUCAUGGCUCCGUUUUACCAGUACAUGGACACGGACAACUUCAAACUGCCCAUGGACGACCUGCUGGGGAUACAGAAGAUCUACGGUCCUCCAGAUAAACUACCACAGCCGACCAAGCCUCUGCCGACGGCUCCGCCCCCUCGCUCCCACCCGCCGUCGGACCCGCGCAAACCCGACCGACAGACCAGGCCCCCCAGGCUGCCCCCGCCGUCCCACCCCAACGCCAAACCCAACAUCUGCGACGGCGGCUUCAACACGCUCGCCAUCCUCCGAAGAGAGAUGUUUGUCUUCAAGGACCACUGGUUUUGGCGCGUCAGGGACAACAUGGUGAUGCCGGGGUAUCCGAUGCUCAUCAGCGUGUUCUGGAGAGGCCUGCCCCCAAAGAUCGACGCCGUGUACGAGAACAGCGAGGGGAGGUUCGUUUUCUUCAAAGGGAAGCAGUUCUGGGUGUUUAAGGACACGGUGCUCCAGGCGGGGUACCCUAAGGACCUGUCGGAGUUCGGACACGGGAUGCCGGCGCAGAGCAUCGAGACGGUCGUGUGGUGGGAGGACGUCGCCAAGACAUACUUCUUCAAAGGCGACAGGUACUGGCGCUACAACGAGGACAUGAGGACCAUGGACCCCGGGUAUCCCAAACCCAUCUCCAUUUGGCGGGGCCUGCCGGACUCGCCGCAGGGGGCGUUCGUGGACAAAGUGAACGGUUUCACGUACUUCUACAAGGGGAAGGAGUAUUGGAAGUUCAACAACCAGUUCCUCCGCGUGGAACCCGGAUACCCGCGCUCCAUCCUCAAAGACUUCAUGGGCUGCGAACUCAUGCCGAUAGACCCCAACCGCCAACCCCACGACGACGGCACCUCGGACGUCAUCAUCGAACUGGAGAACGAAGCGAGCACGGUCAAAGCCAUCGCCAUCGUCAUCCCGUGCGUCCUGGCGUUGUGUCUACUCGUCCUGGUUUACACCGUGGUCCAGUUCAAACGGAAGGGCACGCCGAGACACAUACUGUACUGCAAACGCUCCAUGCAGGAGUGGGUCUGACCUGGGACAAAAAAGGACAAAACGUAAACGACAGCGCCACCCGGAGGACAGGGGUGUUUUCUACUCUUUGACGCAAAAAGAGGAGGACUUAAAAAACGGACGGUGCCAAGCGAAACCGCGUGUCCUCUUUUUGUGGAACCGGAUGAGGUCGGGUUUGACGGAUCGCGCGAAAAAACCUUGUCCUUUUUUUUGAACGUCAAGGAAACAGCGCCGGGAAUAUUUGCCUAAAAAGACCCUCACGAGGAAAAACGAAGGGGGUCCGCAUCACUUUGUAACUCGGAAACUUGACUUCCUUCAUCCCCUUCCUCGUUAUUUUGAUCCGUUUUAAAGUUUCGGUUUCGUUUUACGCCCGGCUCGCUCGUAAUCGGACGUUCAGGGAGACGCACGCUCUUCCCGUGAACUGCAGCGCCGUCGACUCUUACCGGGUCGUUGAUUAACAAAAACAACAAUUUUCUAUUUUACGAACUUCCCCCCGUGUUUUUAAUUUGAGGUUGUUUUUUUUUUAAAACACGGUCCUCAUUGUCCCUUUAAAAUGACGGAGGUCGAGGCCGAGGAAACCAAAUAAAAAUCGACUUUCUCUCCAAAGAGGAUCACGUUUUUAUGAGUUUAAUAAUUCUUGUUUUGAGAUACCUUUUUGUCCCUCCUCUGGAUCCGUACAGGAGUCAGGGAGCUGUGACUGUUGUGGCAGUCUGUUGGCGACACAGGGGCCAAAAUAUUCUGCAAUAUUUUAACUCGCCUUAAUUACGAAUCAUACCGACUUUCGUGCUUGAUUUUGAUGUUUUUUUUGGUGUUGUUUUUAUUUGUAUACUUUUUCUUUGUUUGUAAAAAAGGAGCCGUCGAGCUUCUUGUGAUUUCUGGAUUUUACUACGUUACCCAGAAUCCUCGGCACUGGCUUGCUGAGCGCGUCUGGGCCUUGAAUAUUACCGUAGGGUCAGCCUGUUUUGAGAGUAACGUAUCGUGAAGGAAAAGUCUCGGAGUAAAGCCACUAUUUUUGUGUGUUAAGAUAUUUUUUUUGUUAGCUAAUUAAUUCACGUUCGUACAUUUCGGCGUCGCGGAAUCCCGGAUCGUCAGUCGUUCCGGUUUGGCUUCGUCAGGUUAAACGGAACAAACGCUAUCGACUGCCUUGUUUGAGGGAGUUCACAGACGCCUACGUUACCCAGAAUGCUUUGAGGACCUACAACAUGACACAACCAAGUCGAGAUCAGUGCCUGUGUCCAUGUGCAUGCUAGCAACCGCGCUCCUCAAAACCGCUACUAAAACGUCCGCGUAACGACACCAAAACACUUCCCAUUUUCAUCCCGAGGUACCAAUAUUUUUUUAAACUGAAAACUUGCAAGUGGUUUUUUUGUGAAAUGAUUUGGUAAACGAAGUAAUUGGCCUUAAGUGAAACGCAUUUGCAAACAGUGUCUUUGAAUGUGUGUCUGUCAUGAUCGCAUAUGUAUUUUUAUUUUUAUUUUAUUUUAUUUGAGUGUUUUCUGGUCAAAACAAACGGGACAUCUCACACUGACUGCUUUGUGUAAGACUAUGGGACAAACACGUGUCCUACAGAAUGAAUAAACUGAUCCAUAUACAACG